AUGUCAGAUACGACUAAUGAUCAAUCUCAAGAUGGGGUAUCAAUUGAGGAGAAGAGUUGUGUCGAUGAGAAUGACAAGAGUCAUUUCAGAUGGAGGAUAGGGAAUGGAAAAGCUGUGUCAUUCUGGUUCGAUCCUUGGCACCCUAAUGGCCCUCUCAAUAUUCUAUUUUCCAACCUGGAGAUAUAUCGUUCCGGCAUCCCCCGAGAUGCCUCUGUUGCUGAUGCCUUAUCCACGCCUCUUGGUUGGUAUGUUAUUAAUGUUAGGGCUAAUUGGUGGGAUCCCCUACCUGAGUUUAAUCAACAAGAAGACCGUUUCCAAUGGUUACGGCAUCCAUCGGGGAAAUUCUCAACGGCGUACGCUUGGGAUCUCUUCGGACCCAAAGGAAAUGUGGUGUCUUGGUCUUCGUUUGUGUGGAGCUCAUCCAUGCCGUCGAGAUACCAAACCCACCUAUGGCUUAUUACCCGUAACAGGUUGCCAACUCAGGUUCUUCUCCUCUCAUUUGCGUUGAUUCCAGCAUCUUCUUCGUGUCCUUUUUGUUCAAGCAGGCCAGAUUCGGUGGAUCACCUCUUCUUCGCAUGCCGUAUACCGGGGAAUCUCGCCUCCUUCUGGGCUGCGAAAUUCAAUGUCUUGUGGCGGAACAAUUCUUGGCGGGAGAAUCUUGAUUGGGCAUCCAGACGAUUCUCGGAUAGGGGCUUUUAUCACUCUAUGGCUCGAUUCAGCUUUGGUGCUCUUUGCUACAUAAUAUGGAAAGAGCGCAAUAACAUCAUCUUCCGGAAUCAGACUCACUUUAUCCCGGCGAUGAAGAUGCAUCUUUGUAAGGCAAUUAAAGACAAAGCGAUGACGUUCAAGCAUGUCUUGGAUACCCCGACGAACAGAAGGCUGCAACAGAGCUGGAACUUGAGUCCGUCUAUCUUUAAUUGA